AGAGUGAGGAGGGAACCUCAGACUCCUCAGACAUGCAUGUACUCAGAGCUUGACGGAAGCCCAGGAAAUCUCCACCUCCAGAGGACGGUGUGGUCCGGUGGCUUAAUCCUUCCUUCCUCAGCACAGCAGGCAGACUGCCCUCGGCCGCAGGUCUCCAACAGCUUCUCCAACUCCAGUGCAUCUUCAGUAAGGUCACUGUCUUCUUUUAUUGUUCAAGAAAGAAGAGUCCCUAUCAUAUACAGGAAAAAGAAUGUUCUUUUGGGUGUUAGCCCUCCUAAUCCUUUGUGGUUUUCUAUGGAAUUAUAAAAGACAACUAAAGAUUGCAGACAUCACUGAUAAGUACAUUUUCAUUACUGGGUGUGACACGGGCUUUGGAAAUUUAGCAGCCAGAACUUUUGAUAAAAAAGGAUUUCAUGUAAUAGCUGCCUGUCUGACUGAAUCAGAAUCAACAGCUCUAAAAGCAGAAACCUCAGAAAGGCUUCAUACUGUGCUUCUGGAUGUAACUGACCCAGAAAAUGUCAAGAGGACUGCCCAGUGGGUGAAAAAUCAAGUUGGGGAAAAAGGUCUCUGGGGUCUGAUCAACAAUGCAGGUGUUCUCGGUGUGCUGGCUCCCACCGACUGGCUGACAGUGGAGGACUACAGAGAACCUAUUGAAGUGAACUUGUUUGGACUCAUCAGUGUAACACUAAAUUUGCUUCCCUUGGUCAAAAAAGCUCGAGGAAGGAUUAUCAAUGUCUCCAGCAUUGGAGGUCGGCUUGCAAUUAGUGGAGGGGGCUAUACUCCCUCAAAAUAUGCAGUAGAAGGCUUCAAUGACAGCUUAAGGCGGGACAUGAAAGCUUUUGGUGUGCACGUUUCAUGUAUCGAACCAGGAUUAUUCAAGACAGGAUUAUCAGAUCCAAUAAAAGCCACUGAGAAAAAACUUGCCAUUUGGAAGCACCUGUCUCCUGAUAUCAAACAACAGUAUGGAGAAAGUUACAUUGAAAAAAGUCUAGACAAACUGAAAGACACUACUUCCUUUGUGAACGUGGACCUCUCCCUGGUGGUGGAGUGCAUGGACCACGCUCUCACAAGUCUCUUCCCUAAGACCCGUUAUGCUGCUGGAAGAGAUGCCAAGACCUUCUGGAUUCCUCUGUCUCACAUGCCAGCAGUUUUGCAAGACUUUCUAUUGUUGAAACAGAAAGUAGAGCUGGCUAAUCCCAAAGCCGUAUGACACAGCUGACAACAAAUGCCUGCCCCCGGGCUAUGAGAUUGGCUGCUUUCAAAGACACAUCUCCUUUUUGGUCUCAUUCCUUACCUAAUCCGACCUGGACUUGUUUAAAUCAUGCUUCUUUUGAUCAAUGAAGGGGUCCCACCAACACCAGGAAUGUCCCAGGGUCCCUUUUUAAGCCUUCUUUGAAAAGAAAAGCGGUGAUGACCUAUCACAAAGAAGGGCCAGGAUGGCACCUGCCCAAUAUUUAGGCUUUGCCUGCUUAGUACGAUGUAAGGGAAAUUGAAAGCCUUACCCAUCCAAAAUGAUCUCUACCACCACCAGCCGCAUGUUUCUAGCCCCCACCCCUUGAACUCCAGAAUGUUAAUUAUUGGUCCCAUAUCAAAAUGUUCAGAGAUAACUAGAACACUGUCAUGUGGAUUGGAUGUGUCAUUUUGCUGAAAAGAAGACUUUGAAGGACUGGAACUCAGUUUUGCAAGCUGUGGUAGGUCAGGAGAAGGAAGGGUGAGGAAGCAUUAUGUGACAGGUACAAAUUAAGGGGGGCAGAGAAACAGUAGGUAGGAUUGCAAGUAGGAGGGUAGGAAAAGAGCAGAAGGACAGAGGACUGAAAAGAAGAAACCAGUAUGGAAGUGGAUGGAGUGGGAUUCCAAGACAAGCCUGCCUGUUCUAGAGGGAGCCGUGGAGGGUGAACAGUCUAUUCAAAGUCACUGUGAACACUGAGGCCUACACAGCUGUCUUUGGAAAGCUGGUAACAGCAGAGUAACCAGUCAUUCUAAGGGAGAAAAAGGUGGGGUAUUUAUGUUGACUAUGGUGAUUGUAAAUACAAGACCCAGAAUAUCUGAAACAACUUACACCCAAGAUGGUUGGAGAUCCUCCAUUUGAUGUGUCUCUGAAGCCCCAUGAAGAUAUAGAGCUAAAUUAAGACUCUCUUUGACCUACAGUUACUGUGACAGCAGGUCUGCUCCUUGCUCACAACCAUGGUCCUAAAUUGGACUGACCCUGGCUCAUCUCCUCCAAAAAUAAGUUCUCUAAACGGAUGCUUCCCAGAUGCCAGCACCCAGUAUCACUCACUUAGGUUGGUUGAAGAUUUGUGUGAAAAGGCCUGAAGUGCCAAAAUUCAGUAUUUGUAGCUAAAUAAUAUAGAGUGAAAGAGCCAGGAAAAUGACAGAGUGUACACACACACACACACACACACACGCUUAUUAUGAAGAAAAUACUUAAUAUCUGCUUCAUAAAACAAUACUUAUUUGAAGAUAUCAGUAAUUCUUCUAUUCAUUUUUAUUCGCCUUUCUGGAAACAUCUGUUUGUGAGAUAAUUUCCACCUUUCACAUUUACAGCAUAUUAAUGACUUUGAAAAAAACAAAUUUCCAAUGGUGUCGGUCCACCUGGACAUAAUGUUAUUAUUUUAGGGGAAAAUACACUCAUUUUUAUUACAUGAAAAUGAAGAAAAUAACAGCAAGAAUCAGAAUUCUCAGGCAAAGUUAUCUAAACUCUUGUCACUUCCUACCCAUGAAGUCCUCUCCAUCUUGGCCCUAGCUCCAGAGACGGCUCACCUUAGAUCUCUGAUUUCUUCUUUUUGCAAUUAACCACCUGUGGGGUAGGGACCCCUUGCACAGCUUGUCCUUGUUGCUGAAGUUCAUCAGGAUUGUUUGCUGGGCCUCUUCCUUCUCACCUUGAACUCCCAGAUCCUGGCUUCGUUUCACUGUUUUAAAAAUGUCUGGCCUGGUGUUCCCUGAUCUUGACAUCUGCGGCUGCCAAGGCUUUUAAAAUCUGCAGGAACCUGCUUUGCUGAAUUUCAAACCAUUCCAGUUGUGUUCUUGGGUCUUCCUAAAGGUGUUAUUUCCUUUAUUUUACCUAGACCUCCGUUCUUUGCUCAUUUCUCCAAGUAACUACAAUUGGCAAAUUCCUGUUUCACUCCAUCCAAAAGUAUUCUACUUAAACGAAUGCUCCCAAAUAUGGUACCAUCUCAAAAUAAAACCAAGUAUAUUCACCGAAGCAAUAUUUAAAGCUUUUUUAACUAAAUGAGAAGACAGCAGAAUAUAAAGGUAUCGUCUCAACAGAAGCACAAGACCUGGAAGAGAGGGAGGGAGAGAGGAAGGAAGGGACAUCGGAAGGUCACUGCACCAUGAGUCUGGAGCAUGGCUGCCUAGACUCCUCGCCAUCUUGCUGUCACUUCUGAUAUUCUCUGUGCUCUUGGGAACAUAUCAUAUUUUUAUCUAUACUACUUGGGCAUAUCUACUGGGCAUUCUAUUCUGCAAGUCCUAGCCUACAGGAAGGAACGACAUGGUCCCUUCCUUCAUAGAGCUUGGUAUAAUCCAAAGGUGGAGGUUACCACUCAGGAUGCCUUAGAAGAACUUCUCCAAGAAUCUACGGCCAAGAUAAAUUGAGAUGUUGUCUUUCUACCACCUCUCGGUUAUGAGAUCUUUCCUCACUUCGUUUGGAGGCACCAGGAGAACCUUUCAGACUUUUCCUCUGAUCUGAUCUAAAAAUCCCACUAUGUCCUAUGUAGCUCUAUCUGGAUAUCCACAAGGUAUUCAAAUCUAGAGUUUCCAUCUCCUCACCCCCCUACCCUUUCCCAGGCAAACACCAACUACUAUCAAUUUGAUCCCCUAAGGAGAUAUCACAAGUCUACUCCUUUUUAUCUCCAGUGCAAUCAUCUGUUAAGAAUUUCAUCAUCUCUUAGCUCAAUGAUAGCAUAUUUACCCUUGUAUGCCUUCAAUGAUUUCUCCUCACUGCAGUCAGAAUUGUUCAAAAUCCAGAUUUGAUUAUUCUACUCAUCUCCCCACCACUGCUUUCUUAAACCCUUCAAUGUGUCCCAUUGCAUUUUGGCUAAGGACCAGAAUGCAUAACAUAAAUGAUGUUGCCCCAGCACUCCUCAUCAGCCUCAUUUUAGGUUAUUCUGAGGUUAGCCCCCUCAGAGCCCUUGCCCAUGCUCUUGCCUAGAACGUUUCCAUCUUACCUGCUUAUCUAGUUUCCUCAUCCUGUAGAUCUCAGCCACUUCCUCAGGGAAACCUAUACAGUUCCAAAUUCUGACCAGUCUUUGUAUCCCACCCAGGUUUCUGUUUCUGUCUUGUACAGGGCACUUAUCAUAGUCUAUAAUCACAUAUUUGUGUGGUUCGUUAGUUAAUAUAGGUCUCCCCAACAAGACUUUAAGUUCCAUGAAUUAAGGAGCCAUGAUGCUUUGCUUAUCUUUCUAUUCCCUUACCUAGCACAUUGCUGGCACACAGACCACUAUUCAAAAAUAUUAAUUGAGUGAAUUUAGAAAUUAGCCUCUAUGAGCCUUUCCAACUAGGGGGUAAUCUAUCACUUAAGAUAGGGCUUGCCAAUCCCAUUAAUUGUGCUAUCAAAAAAGCAGUUCGAUUAGAAUCCUGUAACUUCCUUAAACCUUUGACUACUUCCAUGAGGGCUCCCUACUUCUGGUUCUUCUGUAAGCCUCCCUUCAGAAACUAGUUGCCAUGGUGACUUCUCAUGAUCAGUGGUCCAGAGACACUGUGAACGAACCUCUGUCCAUGUCGAGUCUUUCUGGGCUCAGUGGUCACAGAACAGGGAGCAUCAGGAACAAUUUCAUCCACUUCUCCACCUAUAGGCACUAUGUACGCAAGCCAUCCAGACUAAAGAAAACCACUUCAGUUUAAAAUCUCUCCAGGGGCACCAGGGUGGCUCAGUUGGUUAAGCAUCUGACUCUUGAUUUCAGCUCAGGUCAUGAUCUCAGGGUUAUGAGGUCAGACUAUGUUCUGGGCAUGCAGCCUGCUUAAGAUUCUCUCUCUGCCCCUUUCCUCCUCUAAAAAAUGAAAUGAAAUGAGGUGAAAUGUAAUGAAAUAAAAUAAAAUCUUUCCAGGAACUCCAUAACUUCCUUGGGCAACCCCGCUAAUAUUCAAUAAGGAAAAUUGCCAGGCACUUCUAAGAAAAAUGACCAAUUUUGGCUUUCUUCUCUAUUAAAAUCCCAAUAAGUUUCAGGAAUGUGAGAGAUCAGAGUCCCAUCAGUAUGGAGGAAAUGACUAAACAGUCUCAAAUGGAAAGGCUUUUAAUAUCUAGAAAUUAUUUGUAACAAUCUAAUCUAAGCCACAGUUUAUAAGGAUAAUGCUGGUCAACAGUUUCAUGAAUUUUUGGCUGUUAAAAAAUAAGACAAUUCUGUUGAUAUUCAUAAUACUGACAUUCUUCCUCAACUCUGUGACUCAUUUUCAAAAAGAAAAUAUGAACAAUUUCCAUCCUACUAUAUAUACGAGGCACUAAAAUAACCAGGGCUCUAGUGCAGAUUCUAGUUUAGCCAAAUCUCCAAGCUCUUUUUGCACACUGCACCUGCCUGAGAAAGAAUCAGAUCACAGCUCUUGCCUGAUUAGUCCCUAGAAAUAAGCAGCACUCUGGCCUGAAAUAGGUCAGGCAAGGUAACAUAGCAAUCUGUCACAUUCUACAAUGAGCAACUGCCCUGAACAGUUCCAUUUCAGUUUCUUUUGAGAAACUGGACUUGGAAAGGGUUCCACUCCAGAUACAUAGCAUAAGCCCUAGGAAAGACCAUUCAGUCCCACGCUGGGUGGAGAUGGUGGGGCUGGUACAAUUGCUUUCAGCCAUCUGGGUCUGUUUUUCCCUCUUAGAUAUGGCAGCUAGAACUUGAGUAUGAAGCCACCCAAUGAGUGGUGGAGCCUGAGAUAUGGAUUAGUAACCCAAGCAAUCUCACAGGUAUAAUAAGAAAAUAGUAUCAAUGGUUAUUUAAUACUUAGUACACAUCAGGUUCUCUAUGCAUUUGGACAUUGCACAAAUGAUUUAAUCUAACCCUUACCAUAUCUCAGGUAUAUUUUGUGGUUGUAACUAUUGUUUAUUUAUUUUUAAUGUGGUAAGAAUACUUCAUAUGGGAUCCACUCUGUUAAAUGAAGUGUACAAUACAGUAUUAUAAAGUAUAGGCACAAUGUUGUACAGUAGAGCCCUAGAACUUAAUCAUUUUGCAUAAAUGAAAUUUUGUACUGGUUGAACAGCAACUCCCCAUUUGCCCCCAGUCCCUGGAAACCACCAUCCUACUCUUUCCUUUUAUGACUUUGACUAUUGUCUAUACCUCAUGUAGAAGGAAUCAUGCAGUAUUUGUCCUAUGACUGGCCUACUUCAUCUAGCAUAACAUCCCCCACAUUCAUCCAUGUUGUCACGUACGGGAGGAUUACCUACUUUUUAGUGCUAAAACAUAUUCCAUUGUAGGUGUAUACCACCUUUGUUGAUUUGUCUGUUGGUAGACAUUUAGAUUGUUUCCACAUCUGGGCUAUUGUGAAUAGUGCUGCAAUGAAUGUGGGAGUGCAAAUACCUCUUUCAGAUCCUGAUUUUAAUUCUUUUGGAUAAAGACCCAGAAGUGAGAUUGUUUGAUCAUAUAUUUCUUUUUUUAGCUUUUUGAGGACCCACCAUGCUGUUGUCUGCGACAGCUGCUCCAUUUUGUUUUCCUUCCAACAAUACACAAGAGUCUCAAUUUCUCCACAUCCUCACCAAUGCUUACUUUUUCCUUUCUUGGUAAUAGUCAUCCUAAUGAGUAUAAGUUGAUAUCUCAUUGUAAUUUUGACUUGCAUUAUUUGAUCAUUGGUCAUGAGUGAUGUGGAGAAUCUUUUUGUUUACCUGUGGCCUAUUUGGAUAUCUUCUUUGGAGAAACAUCUAUUCAAGGCCUUUGCCCAUUUUUUAAUCAGGUUAUUUGUUUUUGGUUAUUGAGGUGAAGAAGCUCCUUAUAUAUUUUGGAUAUUAGAUAUGUUUCUUUAGAGAUGGAGAAAUGAAGCCACUAGAGAGGUGGGCAGUGUGUCCAAACUUAUACUGUUAAUAAGUAUGGGACAGGGUUCAAACCUGGGCCGUCUAAUGCGAGAGCUCACACACAGAACCACUGUGCUCCACUAUAUGGAAACUAUCUUAAAGACUGCUUUUCUAAACCUUUAUAUGGGCCUGUAAAAAUAACGUUACUAAAUUAAUCUAACAUGAGUCUUGCCAAGGCAAUAAUAUUAUGCAUAAGAAUGAUGCCUAUUUUGAGCAUAUAUAUAGACUCUUUUUUCCCCCUCUAUUCUAAUUUUAAAUUUUUCUCAUGAUAAAAAUGACAAAAGCAUUUAUACAUCAUUUUUUCAGGUCCUUGAAGUUUUCUACCUAAAUUCCUAGAUUUUCUUUCUUUCCUUCUUUGUUUUCUUUUUUGUUGUUAUUGAUUUUAUUUAUUUAUUGUUCAUAUUGUUAGUUGUUUUGAGAAUUUAUAUGUUAUCAGCUUUUGCUAAUUUCAAUAAAGGCCUUAGACCAUCUGUCUUGA